GCCUGCUCUAUCAAUACCGUUUAGCAGUUUUCAUUAAAAGCAACUUACAGCGCAACCAACAAUCAGAAUCAACUUGCCUUGUCCUCUAUUGCAUGUGGCCACCCUAAACUGCUGCCCAAUCACUGCAAGCGACAAAGGGGUGCCGGGGCUCCCCGCUUGUCUCCUACGUGCAACGUCCGCUUUUGCCCCUCUAGAGCCCAGCGUCGAAAGCAACCCGGAAGUCCGGUGCGCGGAAGUAGGAGCAAGCCCUGUCUCUUUAGAAAUCCCUGCGCGGAAGUCCCUCCCCAGCGCGCCUGCGCAGUGCUAGCGCGCGGAGUCAACUGCGCAAGCGCAGAACUGUGAGCCGUCGGUCCCUUCCAGUCGCGGGAGUUUUAACGCUCCGCACGAAGCGCGGGGCCUCAUGGCGGAAGAGCUACGACGCGCCGGAGGCCACCAGCUGGGGCUGUGCUUGCUUUGCGGUUUACCUGCCGCGGGCAAAACGACGGCGGCGCAGGCCCUGAGCCGGGUCCUGAGGGAGCGCAAAGGGUGGCGCUGCGUCCCCCUCGCUUACGACGACCUCAUCCCUCCGGAAGCGUUCGACCAAUCAAAGGAGAGCUCGGGACAGCGCGAGCAGCAGCCGUUGGUCAGUAGCUUCCUCCCCCUGCUCCUUAUUGGCCAGUGUGGUCUUGCGAUUCUCAUUGGCCUGGGAAAGGUAUUCGCCUGCCCCCGGGAUCUUUCAGUGGUAGCACAGCAGCUCCAGGUGGGCAGCAGGAUGCGCCCCAGCUUUAUUUUCCUACCGCUGUCAUUGCCAAGGAUCCUUUUCCUUCUGACGCCUCGCAGCUGAUUCUAGCUAGGAGAUCUGGUGCUUUAGGGUCAGCUGCGGGGUAGGCGCUCACCAAGUUUGCUAAAAUAGUAAAAAAAAUCUGGAUAUUGAGGGAGCCUAUUGGCUUGUCCUUUAUUAAAGUAAUCUGCUGUAGCAUGGCAGCGAUAAAUGACCAAAGUUAUCAUUCUUCUAAAUCGGCUGUGAUUCGCUCCAGCUGCCGGCAGGUUUUGCUUAUUUCAAAUUGCAUCAAGAAAAGUGAACUCGAUUUUAAAGCAUCUAUAUAUAUAUUAGUAACAUGGAAUUAAGCAAGACUAGCCUGCAUAUUUUUAAAAAGCAUCUUGUUUCCUGUUAUUUUCUGCUGAAAGUUUCUUUUCUGAAUCUUAUUGUUUUGCUCUUUUGAUUCUCACAUACGGACUGAUAAACCAGCAUAGUGUUAUGUCUUGUUUUACAGUAUUGCAAUAUGUUAGUUGCUGGUUCAGGGCCCUUUGGGCUGAAAGGCAACAUAUAAAUAAACUGGUGGUGGUGGUAUUUUGCAAAGCAGUCAGUUCAGUCUGGGCAUUUGUUGAUAACACAAGCUGUUUAGAAGAUGUGAAAUUACUUAAUAUUCAUUUGCAGAAACAACCAAGAGUUUUUUAUUACCUCAAAGACAAAUUCAUUGCAAAAUAAGCCCUUCUUGAACAUUCCUGUGGCUUCAGUGAAGUCCAUGAAAUUUACACUGCAAUAGCACUGCAAUCCUAACUCUUCUUACCUUGGGGAAUUCAGUAGGACUUCCUUAUGAGUAGGCAUGGUUAGGGUUGUGCUAUAAAUCUGUUGGGCCUUUAAGGCACCAAAAGAAAAAGAAAGAUAAAAGGCUAAAUUAUCUUCUGUGAUUGAAUAAGUGUACUACUCAAUCUGUUGUUGAUUUGUGGUAGUAUAUAAAAACUUAAUAGUGUGUAAUUAUUACUAUUUCAUUUUCACAUGGUUACCCUGCUGGAGUUAUUACUAACAUGCAUUGUAGAGGGGUUAGCAUGUUUGUUGCAAGAGAAACAAUAGUUUUGUGGUAGUUACACUAAUAGUUGGGGAAGACUGGUAGCAGCAUAUUUUAUUAAACUGGGAUUUUGCAGCACAAUGCCUGUAAGGAGGGAAGAGUUUUGGUUAAAAUGGCAUGGGUGGGCCAUGCAGAGAAUUAUAGGCAUGAUUGAUGCUAAGAAAGAAUAGCAAAUCAUCUAAAAUAUCAAGAGGACAAAUGCUGUCCAUUUAACACUGCAGCCAAUAGCAAAACCUUCGUUGCUGUUAAUGGUUCCAGUUUUUAUCCAAUAUCUUGCACUCUCACCAUGAAUAAUUGUCUUUUUACUUUAUAGAUGUCACACUGGAGAUUGUACCGUCAUGAAUUAUUGCUGUAUCUUGAACAUUUCCUUCAGAAUUUUAUUAAAGGAUGCCAUUAUUCUCCUCCUCCAAACAGAACUGAAACAACAUGGAAAAGGUUUGCCUGCUAUCUGAAAGAACAAGAAUUAAUAUAUCCAAGAACAGGAACUGAAGACUCUGCAUCUUGUCAAUAUUUAAUAGAUUUUAUCCCUCUCAGACCAAUAUAUUUUAUUUUAGAUGACAACUUUUAUUAUCGGAGUAUGAGAUAUGAAGUGUACCAGUUAGCUCGCCAGUGUAAGUUUGAUAUUAUAUUUUAAGGUAGCGGCUCAGCCUUAUGACUCAGCAGUGCAAACCAUGAUUUGGGAUGUUAUGGCUAAAAGGGAUUCCUAUCCUUGUUGUGCAGAGAGCAAAGCUCUCUUGUUGUUUCUUAGGGAUUCCUAUCUGUCCCAAAGAUUAAUAAUUUGCUACAUAGAACACCUAAACUUUGAUAGCAUUCCGGGCAGCAACUUGUGAUACAGAACUGGCCAUUUCUGCAUUGGUAGUGAAGCUGGGAUUGUACUCCUUGCAGAUGUCGGUUUCCUUCCACUUGACAUCCUACACAUUUUGUGGUUCAGACGGAUAAACUGCUUUGGCUGCCAUGACCAAUGCCAGGAACGAGACAUGGAGAAUAGAACCAAGCCAAUUUGUCUGGAACUUUCAGUUGUUGUCUGGACUAUUGCCUCCUGAACAGUGUAGCUGGUUUAGAAACUGGAGGCCCUGAAUAGCAAUGGCUUAGUUCCUAACUGAGUAGCUAAGUUCAGAAAGUGGUCCUGGAUAAUGACAGCUUGGGUUCUUGGUACAUUUAUUUUAUAUCAUUCCAUAGCCCCUUUUAAUAUUUAGAUCAAUCACUGCAAGGGCAUCCAAUGUUUUGGAGUUGGGAAUUCAUAUGCACCAUCUUUCUUUUACAUCUGAUUCUGAUGAGCGUUGAACUGGUGUCUGGGCUCAGUAACGGACUGGAUUGCUGAGGUACAGUUGGUGGGUAUUUUGUGUGGGAAGGUGGUGCUCAAUAGUUAUAGAUAUAGCUGCCCUCUCCUUGAAGGAUUGAGUUUGCAUCUUGAGGUACUCGUUGUCCCCAGCUUUGUCACCGGAAGAACAAGAGUUUGUCUGUGUGGCACAGAGUGCUUUCCACAAGCUGAGGCUGGUACACCUGCUUCUGGACAUGUACAGCAGUCCAAGUUCUGUUAACUUCUGGAAUAGAUUACUGCAACGUGUUACGGAAGGCAGUUUGGAAAUUGCAAGUUAGUUCAAAACAUAGCUGCCAGGCUGCUAACUCGUACCAGAAGUUGGGAUCACAUUUCAAAAGUGUUUGAAUAACUUCACUGGCUUCUGGUCUGUUUCCAGAGUGAUAAUUUUUACCUAGAAAGCCCUAAUGGCUUGGGGCUAGGAUACCUGUAGGAUUACCUGUCACCAUAGCAGCCACCUGGACAAUAACAUCUUGCUGCUGCUGCCGCCUUUUCAGUUGCAGUGCCCUCUUGUGGAAAACUCUCAUCGGGCAGCUUUGCCUGCUGCCUAUGUCAUUAUUUUUUCAGGGAAUCCCAUUUUAAUUUAAUUUAUUUAGCAGUUUUGUUCCCUCUGGUGUUAUUUUUAUGCUACUUGUGUUAUGCUUUUUAGUGUUGUUCUUCAUUUUUAUAUAUUAUGGCAUUUCUGUCCCACCUACGCAUCCUAAGUGAUCUUGGAUCAGACACAAUAACCAGUGAAAACCAAAAGUAAAAUAACAUUACAAAUAAUUAUUACCAUUCCAUCUGCUUAAUACAACCAGGUUCCCACAUGUACAUGUACUUCAGAAGGCCUGGCAGAAAAGGAAAUUCAGCUGGUUCUAAAAUAAAGAUAAAGUGGGUGCCAGUCAAAGCUCUGAAAGGAAAUUCUUAGUCAUUGAUAUACCAGGCCUCCCCAAACAAUUACUGGGUCUGGGCAGGACUAUAUGAGGAGAGGUGUUCCUUCAGAUACCUAGCUCCUAAACCAUUUCAGAGCUUUAUAUACUAGAACCAAAACCUUGAACAAUUGGCCUUGAUGGCAAAUAGGCAACCAAAACAAGUCUUUGAGAAUCUGUGUUACAUAGUCUUGUGCAAGCUCUAUUUAUAAUGAAUACUAAACUCUGAAAUACUUAGGAUCCCACAUCCUUACUUCAGGGUGAUACAGAAGACCACCUUAUUUUGUGCAAAAUUCCUGUGUUUGUGUUAUUCCUACACUUUUCAGAAACCAUGGUGAGAUUAAAAUGACCCUCUUAUCAUCCAAGAAUAUUUUUAUAUUUGUCUAGAUACACUGGGCUUCUGUCAGUUGUUCCUAGAUUGCCAGGCUGAUGUUUGUUUAGAGAGAAACAGUCGGAGAAAACAACCAUUACCUGAAGAAACCAUCCAUGCAAUGGUGCAGAAAAUGGAAGUUCCAAAUCCAGAGAAAUACGCCUGGGAGCAGAACAGCUUCAUUCUGAAGACUACAGAAUGUUCAGUAGAAGAUAAGUAUGUAGUCACAUGAAAAUAGUUAUUUACAUUGAAUUAAAUGGAGGCUUCACAGACAUCUGUGGGCCUAGCAGAGUGUAGAACUCUGGAGUUGUGCAGCGCUUCUCUAUUCAUUGAUAUUUGCCUUGGAAUAGCUUUGUUGCAGGGCACCUAGCUGCGGAAAGGGACAUAGCUCAGUGAUAGUACACGUGCUGAGCAUGUAGAAGGUCCCUAGUUAAAUCCCCAGCAUCUCCAGGCAGGGCUGUCUGAAACUCUGGAGAACUGCUGCCUGUCAGUGUAGACAAAAGCUGAACUAGAACAGCCAAUGGUCUGACUCAAUGCAAGGCAACAUCCUGUGUGACGAAUGGAUGUUGUUAAUGUUACAGUUGUAUAAGGGAUUGUUAUUUUGACUGGAUUGCAAUUGAGAUGAAUAAAAUUUUGGAACACAGAACUAUGAAGUAAAUCACCAAACCAUCAAUUCUAGCAAGUGGGAGGCCACCUAAAUCACCGUAUUUUUUGCUCUAUAAGACUUACUUUUUCCCUCCCAAAAAGUAAGGGGAAAUGUGUGUGUGUCUUACGGAGCGAAUGCAGGCUGCACAGCUGUCCCAGAAGCCAGAACAGCAAGGGGGAUUGCUGCUUUCACUGCACAGCGAUCCCUCUUGCUGUUCUGGCUUCUGAGAUUCAGAAUAUUUUUUUUCUUGUUUUCCUCCUCCAAAAAUUAGGUGCAUCUUGUGGUUUGGUGCGUCUUAUAGAGCAAAAAAUACGGUAUAUAAUUUGGCAUCUGAAUGGUUGGGAUUAGUAAUUGUAUUAUAAUUUGGCAAUGUUAUAAUGAGGCUACCAUUGGAUUAUUCUAACUGAAAACUAAUAAAAAUUAUUGUAUAUAUAAAAAAAGAGAAUCAGAAAACAAAAGAAACCCUUGCCAAUCUACUGCGGCUCACCCUGAGAUCCAAGAUUAGAUCCCAAUUUAUGCUUUGCUCACUCUUUUCUCUGCUGUCCAACCUCAUUGAUCUCAGCAAAAUUCUUGCCUUGGACACUUCUGUGAUGCCAGUGUGCCAUCCUUAGGCGAGUGCUUACAUUGCAUGUGCAUAGUUAAUCUUUCUUUAACAUGUUUGUUUUCUUGACUUUUUCAGUCUUCAAGUGCUUGAUUUGCUAUCUACUGCUCUGGAAAAUCCAGUGAAACCCCUGGAAGAGAAUACAGAAGUAAAGGUAAUAUGGAACUAUUACAUAGCUAAUAAAAUAGACAUUUGAUGCCUGGCACUUCUGCUGAAAAUAAUCCACCAGUGGAGAAUUGUCCACUUUGGAGGAGAACGUUUCCUACACAGGAAAUCUAAGACUCACUUUCUGCUCAUAAAGGAGGAGUUUGUGCUGUAAAGACAAUUGGUGAAAUUCAGUGUCGUGCCAUUGCCAUUAGAAACACUCCAUCUGCACAAGCAUAUCAGCUUUCCAGAUGGAAUAAUUCCUCCUGUCAUACACAGUUCUAGGGGUUCUCCUGACACCCCCCCCCCAGUCAAUGGGGUAUAGGGGAAGGCUCACAGCACAAGUGGAAGUCAUUAUGCAGGGCUUCCUCUAGUGGGGUUCAUUAGAUGAAUCCCACCCAAUGGUAGUCCUAACUCAGAGCAAACCCACUGAAGUUCAUAAUCAUGUCUAACUUAAAUUUAUUCAUUUCAAUUGGUCUCCUCUGAAUGGGACAACUCGGUGGCUGUAACUGAGAGAAGUACCAGAACCAUCAGGUCCCAUUGUCAACAAUGGAUGGCAAAGGAAAUGAGUGCUAGCCUUCUGUAGCAGACAAGAGGAAAGUCUGCCUUUUUUCACCUCAUUUCACUGAAUCAAAGUGCCUUCACAUGUCUUACGGUUGUAAGCUUUCUUGUGUCACAGCAUUUCUGAAAAGUGGAGAAUGUUCAGUAGAGAUUCUUGUGGCAAACUUCAAGAGUGCUCUGUACCAAAAUUCCCUCUGUGUAGUUUCACACUUGUCUGAAAGUGCAAAUUUUUUGGGAAGCUUCAACUCUCCUCCCUUUAUGCAAGGAGGAAGGUGCACAAAGCUCACCCCAGUUAGUGCAUGUGCUCAUAACGGCCAGAUUUAUCCUUUGAAGAUAUAUAUAUACAUAUAUAUAUGAGCCCAGUUCUAAAAACAUUUUUGCUUGUUGAUUGCGGCUAGGAAAGGGAUCGAGCUAUUUGUGCAGCCAGUGUUCUUCAUCAAGCAGACCAGGCUGUCAGGCGAGCUGUCUCUCAGACCAUGAAGACUGCUAAAGGUAUGCUUAUUUGCAAGAGGUUGCUUAACUUGCUUUACAUGCACUUAAAUUAGAAAGGCACAGUGCAACAAAACCAUACAUGUGCAGCGGAUUAUGACUACUAUUUAAAGACACUGUUUAUGCACAAAGGCCCUAUACAUGCCCGUUGUCCUCUAUCUCUGAAGAUUCCUCUUUUGGAGAUCCCACUUCUGAGGAGGUAAGCCUCUAUUCAUUUUCAAAAAAAUAGUGGCUUUUCUUAAACCAAACUUUUGAUCUUCCUUCCCCUUUAAAAUAAUAAUAAUUUUAUUAUUUAUAUCCCACCCAUGUGGCUGAGUCUCCUCAGCCACUCUGGGCAGCUCCCAACAGAAUACUAAAAACACGAUAAAGCAUCAAACAUUAAAAACUUCCCUAAACAGGGCUGCCUUCAGUUGUCUUCUAAAAGUCAGAUACAGUGGUACCUCGGGUUACAUACGCUUCAGGUUACAUACGCUUCAGGUUACAGACUCCGCUAACCCAGAAAUAGUGCUUCAGGUUAAGAACUUUGCUUCAGGAUAAGAACAGAAAUCGGGCUCCGGCGGCGCGGCAGCAGCAGGAGGCCCCAUUAGCUAAAGUGGUGCUUCAGGUUAAGAACAGUUUCAGGUUAAGUACGGACCUCCAGAACGAAUUAAGUACUUAACCCGAGGUACCACUGUAGUUGUUUAUUUAAUUGACAUCUAAUGGGAGGGUGUUCCACAGGGUGGGCACUGCUACCGAGAAGGCCCUCUGCCUGGUUUAAGAUAAAUUUAAUAUAACAGUAGGUAAAUCACCAUGUGCUGUAUAUUUUGUUUCCCUAGAUAAUAACCUUACCCCAAAGGAGAUGAAGAGCUUGGCAGAUGAACUAAAUAUGCUGAAAGUGGAAUUUUUGGAAGAUUUGAGGCACAGAGAAAAUGAGAAAAAUAAUCAAUUGAAUAUAAGUGUAACCUCUUUAUUCAGCCAACAGGCAGAUGGCAUUGUUAAGAAAUAUUUAAGUGAGAAGUAGUAGCAUUUUUAUAUAUUCAUUGAAAGGGAAUAUAACGCUGUGGCAUGUGGGUUUGGCAAGAAUACUAGAUAUUGCUAAGAUUUGGCAUCUGAUGUCUCAUUGGAAAAAACUGGGCCAAUUCCCUCACUCUCUCUGUUCGGACUGACUGCCAAAAAUACCAGUUGCACCAAGAAGCUUCAGGAUCCAUAGGGAGAAGAAAGAUAGUGAGAUUUACCCUCUGAAAUAUUUUACUGUUUGAUAUAAUUUGAAAUAUGUCUGCAGCCAGGAUCAUUGACUCAUACAUAUGACCCAGAUGUUGUUAAAUUUCAAACUCCCACCAGGGCCCCUACUAGCAUGGCUGAAGGUCUAAUGGACGAUGGUUGUAGUCCAAUAACUGGAGGGCAAGGGGCAUAGUGGGCAAACAAUGGCUGGAUCUAGACACAUUAAAGCAGCAUUCCAGUUAAAAGCGUUGUAAAUUUAAAUAGGGAAGACAGGUACUGUAGAGAAAAACGGGACUCCACAGCGCAAUCUGGUGGCACACUGUUAUAUCGCAUAUGCAACGCAUAUAAAUCACUUUUUCUUUACCAAUUUGGCUGAGUUCUGUGUGUAGCUUUAGCACUGUUAUAAAAUACUGUACAUUAAGGACCAUCAGAAUCAAAAGGAUUGUGCCUUUCCAUAUUUGUUCCAUCUAGUGCUUCUCAGACUGCUGUUUCAUUUUUAUUUAUAAAGGGUAUGCAUAUAGUACUUCCGGCUAUAUAUUCCACAUUUUGUGAAUUGUUUCCAUCAAAGGUGCAGUGGUACCUCGGAAGUCGAAUGUAAUCCGUUCCAGAAGUCUGUUUGACUUCCAAAACGUUCGGAAAUGAAGGCGCAACUUCCAAUUGGCUGUAGGAAGCUGCUGUAGCCAAUUGGAAACCGCAUCAGAGGUCUGGGUUCCAAAGAACGUUUGGAACACUCACUCCCAGGUUUGCGGUGUUCGGAUGCCAAAACGUUCAACUCGCAAGGUGUUUGUGAACCAAGGUAUGACUGUAUAUCACUUUUUGUUUUCAGUACUGUGAGUAACAAAGGGUUUAAAAAUAGCAAGUUAACAGUAGUAACAGAGCAACCUAGUAAGGCAGCGAUCUACAAUCCACAGAGGCACUGAAGCCAUGUUGACAAUUCCAAAAUAAGUGGGUUAUGGGCUGCGGUUUCAACCACCAUCUCUCACACAAUGUCGUUUAUCUGAAUGCAGAAGCUGAAAUUCAUCUGGAGAAAAUAUUAAAACAACAUAAUGCAAGCUCCUUAUAACAUUAAGGCUUUGUUUUGCUUUAAUUAAUAGAGUUCUUAUUGAAAUUUUUCUUAUUUGGGGCCUGAAUAUGGGGAAAGAGACAGUGGAAAAUGUUGUUUAGAAAUUAAUUUUGAUGCUGUUGCAUAGAAUGAGGCUAAUACGCUUUUUCAAAACACCAAUCCUGCAUGUUUUGUUACUGAAACGAGCUGCUCUGUAUCAGUGGUAAAGCCAGAGUCUGCAACAUCCCAUCCUUAUGCCUUACUUAGUGGAAGCAGUAAAGGCUCUAUUGUACUUAGUAUACCUUGUACUAACAUUCUUGAGCUUUUUGGCAUUGUAGAUCCCAAUGGUAAGUGACAUCAUCUGUGAGCCUUCAUCUGCUUUUAGUCCCAGCUCAUUUCUUGUUGGUUUAAGUCUAAGUGUCUGCUGCAGCUCAGGUGUCGCUACCAGCUCUUUGGCUGAAAGGUCUCUAAAAAACAGUAGUGCAAGGGUUUCCAUUUCCACUGCCCACCGCAACAGUGGCCUCGUGUUUUCAAAAGCUGCCAUGACCUGUAGCAAUUGCUCAGGUUAUCUACAUGUUUCCAAACCUCACCUCUUGACUAUCUGCUUGACUUUAAGGGUACAGGAACUCUACAAAAAUAGAAGCCAUGACCCUGACCAUAGCCUUUUAUGGCUCAAUUCUAUUUUGUAUUUCUAGUACACAGUAAUACUCAGUUUGCCAACACACUGUACUGGAAAAAGUAGAGAUGUCCCCAAUAAAGCUUCUCCUUCCCUCACUUAAUUCAACAUGACCUUAUUUGAUGGCCACUUCUUGCCCUAUCUUUUCCCCAUACCUAUGCUGUCAAUCGGCUUCUUUGUUUUCCUUCUCAGCACGGCUGCCCUUUCAUGGUCAGCUAAGACCAGCUGGUCUGGUUUUGGCCAGGGAAGACAUGAACAGGCUGGGAGUGGAGUUGCCACCAGCUGUUGUCCAUUGCUCUACAACUGCUCAUUCAAUCAGAUCAUUUAUAGACAUUUCAUAAAGAUGACCCAGCUAGGAUAUACGUGAGGAUUUUUACAAGCAGCCUUUAUUUAGCUGUGUUAGUCCAUUCAACAUACCCAGCACUGUAAUUAAAACAUACAUAGUAUAUUUUAGGUUCUCUGCUGUCAUAGCAUGCAAUCCCAAUCAAACAAGACUAAUGAUAAGUUUGUCACUGACUUCCUGAGUGCAACAUAUAUGGCACUAGAGUUGCAAGACUAAUUUGGUGCUAUGCCAUUUUAGAGAGGCAGAAGGCAAUUCCAAGAAUAUUCUGGCGAAAUACUUCUAAACGUCGGAAUGCAAACAUUGAGUACGGUUACACAAAUGUAUUAAGACACUGAACAUUAACUUUGAGAAAGAUACCUAAGAGAAUGUCAGGAACUGAAAUUAAGGUCUUAAUAUAGCUGCUUGAGAGGGCUUUUCCUCUGAAAAAUGAUUCUAAACUUAAAGAGACAAAAAAUUCCAGCCAUGGAAGGUAAGUUUUUUAGUCUGCUUUAAGUACAGUGCCAGCAGCCUAUUCUGCUCAAACUAUGUGCUGUUUACCUCAGUAAAUACUGUGCAUCCUCCAUGUUAUUAUAGUUUAGGACCUUUGUGGUGCCAUGUGGCUACAGGGGUGGGGUGGGGGGACGGGACCCAAUUGCUCAAGUAGACUUUGGCGUAAGAUUUCUUACAUCUUACAAGAUAGGAUCCUACUGAUAAGGUUUUUCUUUUGCACUGACCAGUGAUGACUUAACUGACUCAAGAGGACUUUUCUAAUCUGUGCUGCUAUUUUGGCUCUCAGAAGAAUGCUCCUCUACCAAAAGAGCUGAAGAUGGAGAGGGGUAUACUUGACCAUUAUUCACACAAAGGCACGUACUUUGGGAUGCGAAACCAAUAAAAGCACACUGUCGUAAGUUUGUAUGUGCAUGUGCAUAUUUACUUGUUAUGCAAGUGACAGCAGUAUAAAGUCCUCUCUUUCCCUUAAAAUAAAAUAAUGAAGAUAUACAAUAAAAGUGCAUGUCAAAGUGUUUUCCCCUGUAUAUUAAGGAUUCAUGUGCUGUAAGCUAGCACCAUAGUUUUUGCUAGCAUAGUUUGUUUAAAGUGCCUAUUCACUUAUCUAGAUCAAGGCAGAAACAGUUGGCUGCUAUGUCUUAGAGUUUUUAUCCACUGUAAUUAGUCAGUGAUUCCUCAUAUAAACUUUUUGCUUUGUCAAGUCCAGAACUAUAACAAAAAACCUAGUAUGGAAUGUUUUCUUUCGACUGCUGUUUACCUGGACUAGGAUGCUCUUUUCAAGAAGUACAUUCAUCAUUCACAGAUAAAAUGACCCAUGUGAAAUCUGAAUGGAUUAUCAUAAUCUCAUAACCUCCUUGCCACUUCAUUUUCAGGUAAAAACAUUACUACCAGAAGGUAAAGACAAAACAACUUUCACAUAAACAUUUAAAUGGUAAUGAAGUUCUUUGCAAUGCAAUGCAAUGCAAGCUAGGUAUGAAAAUUAUGGUAGAGUUUUUUAACACAUUACCCAUUUUCUUCCAAUGUUUUCUUUCUGCACACAGUUUUAAAAAUUACAGACAUUUAAUACUAGGCACAGGUUCCUUGUAUUCCUUUAAAAGGGGGUCAGCAGUAAUUGAAAGUGGAUGUCUUUGUUCCCUAUUUCACAUUUUUACUCUUCUAGUUUUCCACAUCAUGACUCACUAUUACCACAGGAGCUUUAUUAAAGGCCUCACAGCAAUUAAACUUUUCCUAGAUUUAAGUUUUGUUGCAGACAUCAACUUUAUCUUUGUUUACUCUUUACACAAUAUUUUAUAGCAGUUUACGGGAUAGUCAGUUUAUACACAGUUGCAUAUAGCUUCUACACUGAAAAUAUCUGAGUACAUUAUGUAUGACGGAAUUAAACUAAAGGCUACUCCAGUAGCUCAGCUUAAUGUUAAGUAUUGGUUAAGUACUUGGACACAAGUGUUGAUCGA